CUCUGCCGGAAGGAGUGAUCGAGCCCAGCAGCGACGGGGCGGAGCGCCCUAUCCAUGUGAACCAACCAACGAACGAAGGAAACGAAAGGAACCCUCGCCUCGCUGCCAGCCAGCCAGCCAGCCCCCCCAAAGAGACCAUCGUCUCCUCCCCUUCGCCCACGCCGCGCCACAACCGCCGCUCCUCCCCCAGCAAUCCUGGUCCGACCAUCACCCCUCCCUCAAAUCCCCAACCCGCGCCUCCCCGUCUGCCUCGCCCGCGUGCCUGAAUUCGCCGUCAAUCGGGGCGCCCCACUUUUUUUUCUCCCCCUUUGCGUCUCCCCCGUGCCGGGCGCGCGGGCUUCCCCCGCGAUGGCGCUGUCGGCGUCGGCGGCGUCGGCAGGGAGGGGCGCGCGGGCGGAGAAGGUGCGCAGGAUCUUCGAGCGCUUCGACACCAACGGGGACGGGGGCCUGGACCGCGGCGAGAUGGCGGCGCUCGUCGUCGCCGUCAACCCGCGGGUCAAGUUCAGCGACGACCAGAUCUCCGCCAUCCUCGACGAGGUCUUCCGCACCUACGGCGAGUUCAUACUCCCCGGCGGCCGGGGGCUCUCCCUCACCGGCCUGCUCCGGACCUACGACGACGGCGCCGGGGACGUCGACCGCGACUUCCUGGCCCUCUCCCUGCCCACGGUCGACUCCGACGCUUCCUCCCCCGAGAUCGCCGCCGGGGACUCCGCGGUCUCGUCUUCUCCGACCCCCGGCGCCGCCACCGCCGCGUCGCUGCUCGACGACCACCUCAAGCCGCUCGGAAUUGGAGGUACGCCGCCUUCGUCCAGCUCCCGCGCCGCGGCCUCCGCGCCCGCGUGGGCGACCUCUCCCAGCCACGGGAUUGCGUUCGACUCCUCCUGGGCGCUGCUCGACGACCUGGAGAUACUCGUCAAGCGCCUCCGCUCCAAGCAGCUGCGGAAGACCCCCUCCAUCGACACCAGUGGCGGCGCCAACAAUUUCGACUCCUUCUCUGAGGCCGGGUGGUCCAGGGAGAUCUCCGGCUCCGCCGAUUCGGGCUUAGCGGCUGCGCCAUGGGACGAGACGAGCCGCGACUACCUCACCUUCGUCAAGGAGCUCGCGGUUCUCCGCACGCGCGCCGACGCCUCCCGCUCACGCGAGGAAGCAUUUGACAACCACAUGGUCAUUGGUCGGGCGCUCUCCGAGCACCGUCUCUUCCGGGACGCACUUGCCAGCUUCCGCCGUGGCUGCGAGCUGCAGCCUACCGACGUCCGCCCACAUUUCCGUGCUGGUAACUGCCUCUACGCCCUGGGCCGUCACGCUGAGGCCAAGGAGGAGUACCUCCUUGCCCUUGAGGCUGCAGAGGCAGGUAGCUCCCAGUCUGCCGACAUUCUCCCACAGAUUCAUGUCAACCUUGGAAUUGCCAUGGAGGCUGAAGGGAUGGUCCUCGGUGCAUGUGAGCAUUAUCGAGAGGCUGCCAUACUAUGUCCAUCCCAUGCCCGUGCGCUCAAGCUCCUUGGGAGUGCACUCUUUGGUGUCGGGGAAUAUCGUGCAGCCGAGAAAGCACUGGAGGAGGCCAUAUUCCUGAAACCAGACUAUGCUGAUGCGCACUGUGAUCUUGGGUCGGCUCUGCAUGCGGUAGGGGAUGAUGACCGCGCAGUUCAGGAGUUCCAGAAAGCAAUUGAUCUGAAACCUGGACAUGUUGAUGCCUUAUACAAUCUUGGAGGAUUGAACAUGGAUGCAGGCCGCUUCGUGCGGGCCGCGGAGAUGUACACUCGUGUGCUGAGCAUCCGACCGAACCACUGGCGUGCUCAGCUGAACAAGGCGGUCGCUCUGCUUGGGCAGGGAGAGUCUGAGGAUGCCAAAAAGGCACUCAAGGAGGCAUUUAAGAUGACACAAAGGGUGGAGGUGUACGACGCCAUCUCACAUCUGAAGACACUGCAGAAGAAGAAACCAAAGCCCCCAAAAGGAAAACAUGAUUCUCAAGGAGAGGAAGCCUUUGUCAUUGUAGAACCAUCCAAGUUCAAGAGGGUUGGAAGGAAGACCACCUUGCGGCAGGAUUUGGCCAAUGCCCUUGAUAUAAGGGCCUUCGAGAGAACGACAAAGCUUGGCCACUGUGAUGUGGAACUUUUGAGGAAAGAGAUGAAUGAGACUGAUGUCCCUGUAUCAUACUCAGGCACUGGCGUCCCAGAGAAGUCAAUAAGGAAAGCAGCUCUUGAGGUUAUUCUGCGCAGGCUUCUAUCUUUCCUUAAGCCAGAUACCUUCCAGGGUGCUGUCAAGGCAAUGAACGAAAGAGUUCUCUCCGUCCUUGAUGCAUCUGGUUCUGGCCGUGUUGAUCUUGGAAUGUUCUUUGCUAUCAUUGCUCCAAUCUGUUCUGGUCCUGUGGAUAGGCGCAAGCGUGUGGUCUUUGAUGCGCUUCUUUGGCGUCCUGCAAGCGAAGGCAGUCAGGGCCAGAUUAGAAGGAGUGAUGCGCUAAGUUACAUUAAACUUCUUCGUGCCGUUUACAUACCCAUCCAUGGGGCCAGUGACAUGCUUGAAAUGCAUGGCGAGUCUGACCCUACCAUGGUAUCAUACACGGAGUUCCUUGAAAUGUUCAAUGAUCCUGAUUGGGGAUUUGGAAUCCUAAGCACAUUGGUGAAGCUGGAAGAUAGUGAUCACGUUCGUCAUGGCAGCCACACCUGCUCCAUAUGCCGAUAUCCUAUCAUUGGCUCUCGGUUCAAGGAGACAAAGCACUCUUUCAGCUUGUGUAACCGAUGCUACAGUGAAGGGAAGGUUCCAUCAGCUUUCAAGUUGGAGGAAUACAGGUUCAAAGAAUACGGUAAUGAGUCGGAGGCUCUUAUUGACAAGUGUAUGUGCUUCAAUUUAAAUUCUAAGAAGCUGGAAGCUGAUGCGUGAUCACUCUGAACAUUGGUGUCGAGUGUUCAAGCACGAACCUGUGUAUCCCCUUUCUAGUUGUGAAGAUGCCUAGUUAGCUCUCCUGCCCUCUUGUACACUAAGGUGCUGUAUUUUUGGUGUUCCCUAAAUGUGUUCCGAUCCUAAGCUGUUAGCUGCUGUUCGUUUCAAGCGUAUGGAAGUAAGAACACGUGUAAUCCAAAUACACUCCUGUUGCCAUCUCAAUUCCAAUGCCACAAAAGGCUUUGAAGUGUUUCUGAUCCGGAUA